AUGGCCUGGCUUUGCUCUGGAGAUUUCAAUGAGAUCCUUCACCAAAAGGAGAAAAUGGGAGGAGCAAGCAGACCCUAUAAACAAAUUGAGGAAUUUAGGCAAGCAGUAGACUUCUGUGGCCUUAAUGACAUCCACUCUCAGGGGUUAAGUUUUACAUGGUCCAACAACAGGUUUGGAAGGGAAUUCACAAAGGAAACGAUAGAUAAAGCUCUUGGAAAUAAGGAAUGGAAUGACCUCUUCAAUCAUGGCUCGUGCACUGCCCUUGCAGCAGUUAAAUCUGACCAUUCUCCUCUUCUCAUUGAAACAUGCAGAACAAAUCAAAAGAGAAGGAGAAGAAGAGUGUGUUUCAGAUAUGAGAUGGCAUGGGAGCUAAAGGAAGACUACCAAAAAGUGAUUAGUGAGGCAUGGAAGAGGGACAAUAGAUCAGGCUGUGAGGCUAGUGUUCUGAGGAAAAAACUAGAUGCCUGCCAACAGGAGUUGCUGGUUUGGAAGCAAAAAACAAAAAAGCAGCAGGACAUGACCAUCACACAGGGGCUACAAAGCAUUGGUCACCUCCAAGAAACUGGCUCAGGCAGUCAUUUAGCUUCCAUGAAACAGGCUCAGGAGGAUGUGGUGUCUUCUAUGACAGAAUAUGAUCUAAAGUGGCACCAAAGGGCAAAGCAACACUGGCUCAAGCAUGGAGAUAGGAACACCCACUAUGUUCAUAUGCAGGCAAGUCAAAGAAGAAAGACCAAUACUAUCAAAAGGGUCGAAGCCUCACAAGGAAUGAUUGUAACUGAGCAGGCAGAGAUUGGAGGUGUAUUCAUAGGUUACUUCUCUUCACUAUUUGCUUCCACACAACCUUCUAAUUCUGAAAACUAUCUGUUUGCUCUGGGAACAAAACUAGAUUCGGAGAUGCAGGCUUGGUUAAUGAUCCCCUUCAACAAAGAAAAUAUAACAAAGGCUAUUUUUCAGAUGAACCCACUAGGGUCACCUGGCCCUGAUGAAUUCCCAGUUCAGUUUUAUCAAAAACACUGGGAGGUGUGGGUGAGCAGGGGGCUUAGGCAAGGGCACCCUUUGUCCUCUUACCUCUUCAUUUUAUGUGCAGAAGCUCUCACUGCCCUUUUAAACCAAGCUGAAGCCUGUGGUGGUUUGACUCUAGUCCCUAUUGGAAGAGGUCCAGUAUCAGUGAACCAUCUUUUUUUUGCAGAUGAUAGUCUGCUUUUCUGCAAAGCUAAAGCUGAGGAACUCAGAUAUGUGCUCAACAUACUUGACAUAUAUGAGAAGGCCUCGGGACAGGUGAUAAACAAAGACAAGUCUUCUAUUUUCUUUAGUAGAAACACUGGCCAUGCAGUUCAACAACAAAUUUUGGAGCUUGCAGGGGUUAAAUCUUCUGGCACUUUUGAAAGAUACUUGGGACUUCCUACAUUGGUAGGCAGAGCAAAGGUGGCAUCAUUUCAUUCUCUUAUUGAUAGGACAUGGAGUCGAGUAACAAACUGGAAAAACAAAUUUCUCUCUGCAACAGGGAAGAAAGUUCUCCUCAAAGCAGUCCUUCAAGCCAUACCCACCUAUGCCAUGGGUAUGUUUAUGAUACCACUCUCCAUCACUAGCAAGCUAAAUCAAUUACUCAGGAAAUUCUGGUGGGGCUUCAAUGAAGAUAGUUCCAAAAUUCAAUGGGCCAAUUGGAAACAACUCAGCUAUAGCAAAGACAUGGGAGGGCUUGGUUUUCGAGACUUGAGGAGCUUUAAUCUAGCCUUACUUUCCAAGCAAGGUUGGAGAAUUUUACAAAACCCAAACUCCCUGGUGGGCAGGGUUCUAAAACAAAAGUACUUCAGUAAGGUGGGGUUUUUAGAAGCCAAAGUGGGGACAGGGCCAUCUUUUGCCUGGAGAGGUAUCCAUGCAAGUCUAAGGCUGUUAAAGGAAGGUCUCAUAUGGAGGGUGGGGAAUGGCCAACAAGUCAAUAUAUGGUUAGAUAAAUGGCUACCUUUCUCCCCUCCCUAUAAGAUUCAAUCCAUCCGAGAUGUGGAUUGUUGGUGUGAAAAGGGUCAGGGAGUGAAAAAGGUGCAAAAGCUAUCCUUUCAACGUGAUUUGAUCUUUGAUAUCUGGUCAAGACUCGUAGAGAUACUCAGUUUAGAGGAACUCGAAGAAGUGGCAGCUACUAUGAGGGGCAUAUGGACUAGAAGGAAUAACACUAUUCAUGGUAAAGAAUUCAAACACCCAAAUGCUCUUCACCAACUGGCCAAGGCAGAACUAGUAUCCUAUAGGGAAGCUCUAACAGAGGAUCUAGGUGUCAAGCUCACAGACCAUGUAAGGACUCCAAGGUGGUCAAAGCCUGAUGUGGGAUCAUAUAAGGUCAACUGGGAUGCGGCUGUAAACCAGAAGGAAGGGAAAAUUGGAAUUGGUGUUCUUAUCAGAGAUCACCAUGGUUACUUUAUUGGAGGUUUACAGGCACACAGAUCCCUCAAAGGAACCCGUUUUGAUGCUGAAGCCUAUGGUAUGCUCUUAGCAGCUGUUUUUUACAAAGAGGUUGGCAUAACACACCUUUGUCUGGAGGGUGAUUCAAAGAAAGUGGUGGAUUUAUUGAAACAUUACACAAAGAAUUGGAGCUUGGGUGGUUGCCUGGUAGAAGAUGCAAGGGAGAUUCUGAAUUCCUAUGCUUGUUGGUCAGUGGCUCAUACAUACUGA